GGGGUCAGUUAAAAACUCAUGUAGAAGGAUGAAGCCGUCGAUUUGCAUAGACCGUUAACAAGAAGCUAACAACAAAGGCCGGCGCCAGAUAUUCGAUGUUCUCUUCCUUGCCCUUCCCAUAAAAAUCCACACAUUCCUCUACUUUUCGAGCUCUCUCUCUCACUCUCUCUCUUGUCUUUCUCUCACAUACUAUAAUUGUCAAGAGGGAAUAAUAUAUAUACGCAGCGCCAACACGUACGCGCUUGUUUUUGUAUAUCUUAGUGUAGCAUCACACACAGCUACUCGAUCACUCUUUUUUUGUCCUUUUCCUCCGAGCUGCAAAAUCCGGCCCCCACUUUUUUUGAUGGAUUCGAGCGGGUUUUCGUCGCCGCGGACCGACUGUUUUCCGGCGGGUCUCCGGGUGCUCGUGGUGGACGACGAUCCCACGUGGCUCAAGAUUCUUGAGAAGAUGCUUAAGAAGUGCAAUUAUGAAGUCACAACGUGUAAUUUGGCGAGAGAGGCUCUUGACUUGCUACGCGAGCGCAAGGAUGGGUUCGACAUUGUGAUCAGCGACGUGAACAUGCCAGACAUGGAUGGUUUCAAGCUUCUGGAGCACGUCGGCCUGGAGAUGGAUCUGCCCGUGAUAAUGAUGUCCGUGGAUGGGGAGACGAGCCGGGUGAUGAAGGGGGUCCAGCACGGCGCCUGUGAUUACCUUCUCAAGCCGAUCAGGAUGAAGGAGCUCCGCAACAUAUGGCAGCACGUGUUCAGGAAGAGGAUACACGAGGUGAGGGACAUUGAAGGCCACGAGAGCCUUGACGAGAUGAUGCUCAGAGGCGGAGCAGACCUCUCGGAUGAUGGCUUCUUCUUCGGUGGGGAUCCAGUCUCUGGGAAGAAGAGGAAAGACGUUGAUUACAAGGGUGAUGACCGCGUGGGUGGCGACCCUUCCUCGUUGAAGAAGGCGAGGGUGGUUUGGACUGUGGAUCUUCAUCAGAAGUUUGUCAAAGCUGUUAAUCUGAUUGGAUUUGAGAAAGUUGGCCCCAAGAAAAUCCUCGAUCUGAUGGGCGUGCCGUGGUUAACUAGAGAGAAUGUUGCAAGCCAUUUACAGAAGUAUCGCCUCUACUUGAGCAGGUUGCAGAAGGAAAACGAGCUGAGAGCCACGCUUGGUGGGGCGAAGCUCUCAGAUUCAUCCCCAAAGGAUGCUGCUGCUGGUGGAAAUGCUGGCCUUCAAACUCCAGUCACCAAAGCUUCACCCUGUUUGAAACACGACGAUCCAAAGAGCUGCGAAGGAAACGUCAAGUCUAUGCCAAUAGCAGAGGCGAAGGCGGCUGCUGAGGUUAAUGAUCUUGCAAAGAGCAGCACCUCAAGCAUAAGUUUUGAUCAUUCAUUUGGCCAGCUGAGUUCUGAUGCGAAAUCCGAGCCUAACAUCCAAGUCCAGUACUCGUGGAGCGCUGGGGCUCCGCCUCUCCCGUUCAAACACGAGCAGAAGCCACCAGCUGCGUUCAAACACGAGCCUAAGCCACCUCUCCAGUUCAAGAAAGAGCAGCCCCUCUUCAUUGCAGAGCAUCACCGGUUUGAUCACGUUCCUGUGGCCGUGGCCGUGCAGAGCAAACCAUCCGACACUCCAUCACCAGCUGCAACGAGCAAAAGGAGCCAGCACAGCGAGAAAGCAACAAAAGUCGAGAGCACCGCAGCUCUCUUCUGCCUUCAGCCUGAGAGCCAUUUGGCAGACUCCCACACCACUAUAUGGAACACAAAGAGCAGCAGCCAGAGCUUGGAGAGUCUAUACGACGAAUCUUGGCACAGAAACGCGCUCGUUGGAACCGGAUCACCUCUCAUGAGUGACUACUCGUCCCAAUCUGACCUAUACCCACCAAAUCCUUGCCUUGGCCCCAUAGAUCCCUUCAGUUUCAACGGUCAAGAGCUCUUCACCGACGUUCACUCACACUUGUACGACUCCCUAAAGUUCAACCCGGAGUUCCCCAUUGACCCCGUGGAAUACCCUGUAAUAGACCAAGGUGUGUACAUUGCAUGAGCCUUGCUAUUUGUUAGGACAGUAUAUUGCUUGUGAAGAUUAAAAAAAAGGCGAUAUCGGGUUGCCUCGAGUGUAAGUUCUGCUGUUGGUGUUGUGAAUCAGAAGAGGGCCUCUGUAACUAAGCAUAAUGAGCAGAUUUCUAUGAGCACUUGCACAAAAACACAGGUACUAUUUGAAGUUAUAUAUGUGAAUGAAUCUAGCUUGGGUUUAAACAGAUA